UCUUUUUAUUCAUAUUGCGAAAUUACCUUAGAUAUCAUCGUCCUCCUCCCCCUCUUAUUUGUCCGAUGUGUGCUUCUGACGCUCUCUCUGUGCCCCUUCGUCCUCUCACCUCUCUCCGCUUUGCGUCCCCCCUCCUAUCACCGCCGUUCACCGCCGAUAUCCACCGCUUAUUGCCCUCCAUCACACCAUCCACGUUCUGGAUACGUCCAAGCUAUUGAUCCAUUGCUGACCCCGCAAUCUGGCUUCAGAGGGAAAGCUGGAGUGGGAGGAGGCCAAAAUUAACGUCAAAGAAGACAUUGAGGAUUUGGCACUUUUUUUGUAAGGCUAGAUUGUAAUUUGAAAAGGAGAAAGCUUUCCAGAUAGAUUUACAUAUGUAGAAAGCAUCUAAGAGGAGGCUUAGAGGCCACUAUCUGUAAUCCUACCUUAGCUUUGUAAGGCAGUCUCAGAUUCUGUAUUGCUGAAAAGCCUUUUUCCAUUAUAUACCUUCCCUGCCUUACACAUUUCACCAGCCAACUGUUUUUCCUUUUGUACAAAGAAUCAUUUGAACAGGGAAAAGUAGAUAUUUUGUAGGUUAUUAGUCCCUUAAAGAUCGACCCUGGCUACUAAUUAUUAAAAUGGUUCAUUAGUGUAACAAAUCUGUGGAGUUUGGGCAAUGGCUUUUCAUUCGGAAGAGGAAAAGACCGAGGAUUAUCUAUUCAAGAUUGUUUUAAUUGGUGAUUCAGCCGUUGGAAAAUCCAAUUUGCUCGCAAGAUUUGCUAGAGAUGAGUUCUACCCUAAUUCGAAGUCAACUAUAGGAGUAGAGUUCCAAACCCAAAAGAUAGAUAUCAAUGGUAAAGAGGUCAAAGCACAGAUAUGGGACACAGCUGGUCAAGAGCGGUUCAGGGCUGUCACAUCCGCAUAUUACAGAGGUGCUGUUGGUGCUCUUCUGGUAUAUGAUAUCAGUAGACGCCAGACAUUUGAUAGUAUUGGCAGAUGGCUUAACGAACUCCACACUCACUCUGACAUGAAUGUAGUUACGAUACUUGUUGGCAACAAGUCCGAUCUCAAGGAUGCCAGGGAGGUACCCACUUCUGAGGGCAAAGCCUUGGCAGAAGCACAGGGUUUGUUUUUCAUGGAAACAUCUGCUCUAGAUUCGUCCAAUGUCUCUGCCGCUUUUCAGAUGGUUGUGAAAGAGAUCUAUAACAUACUAAGCCGCAAAGUUAUGAUAUCUCAGGAGCUCAAGAAACAGGACCCCAGUUGGGUAGGGAAUGGGAAGACGGUGGUUUUACAAGACGGGAGCCAAGAAGCAGCUGCAGCAGAGCCUAAAAAAGGUGGGUGCUGUUCAUCUUAGGGAUACACAACACAUGAGGUGUGGAUGGAUCUUUUUGGCAGGUCCCGACAAGCCUCUUCUCUCUUUUUUUUUUUGGUUCCCACUAAUGUUCCUUGUGUUCCUUCUCCAUGUGAUCUAAUUUCUUGAAUUUGUUUAAAUGUUCAUUCAAGAAACAUGUUUUCACUCAAUCAGUUGAAGAUAAGAAAUUGAGGUAGAAGAUGUAAAUGACCUGAAGGUGGAUUAGAAAAGCUUAUACAUUGUUCAAAAUUCAGUAUUCGAUGCACUGUACUUAGCCAGUU